UCUUCUUCUUCCCCGAGCCCGCCUAGCUUCCUUCUCCGUCUGAGUCUCCUCCAUGAAAGCUCUCGCAAACGGUUUUUAACAGUUAAAAGCUUUUUUAAAAACAAUGCACUUCUUCUUCGUCCCGACUUCUUCUUCUUCAUCACCUUCUCAGGCGAAUACUUCUUCGUUCUCUCUCUUGUUUCUCGCCCCAUCUCAAAUUCCUGAGAAUCUCUGUAAAUUACCGGCGAAGAUCCAUAUCGGAACGCAUGGAAUCUCCGGUCAAUCGUUUCUAACGCAUCCUCCGUACUCAUCUAAGAACACGUCUCUGUGUGCAGUCGUCGACAGGUCUUCUUCAGGUGUCUCAUCGCAACAAAAGGAAUUUGCGAACGGCGAGGGAGAGGGAGAUGAAUCUAACACGGAGGGAGUGUUGGUAGUUCGACGGCCGUUGUUGGAGAAUUCCGAUAAGGAAUCUAGUGAGGAAGAGGGAAAAAAGUAUCCAGCGAGGAUCGAUGCUGGUCUGAGUAAUAUAGCCAAGAAGAUGCCCAUGUUUGAGCCGGAGAGAUCGGAGUCGUCGUCUUCAUCUUCAGCCGCGGCUGCUGCUAGGGCUCAAGAGAAGCCACUUGCGGUGAAUUUGGACUUAUCUCUGUACAGAGCAAAGGUUCUGGCUAGGAAUUUCAGAUACAAAGACGCUGAGAAGAUACUGGAGAAGCUUACUGGCCGGAGGAUGGGAGACCAUACGUGGCGUUAGGGAAGAUACUGAGCAAACAAUCCAAGUUAGCCGAUGCUCGGAUCGUGUAUGAG